AAGUGAUACCAGUGAGAUGGGGAAUUUUAUUUUCGUAUAUUGAAGUGUCCCUCCAGGAAAUUCCUGGGAAUUUCAAUUUCAUAGAGCCUGCAGACUGGCACAGUGUUAUCAAACGGAAGUACGCGCCCACACACCGCACAUAUAUAUCACACACACACCACACAAACUUCAGCUCUUCAACUUGAUGAAGUUUUCCUCCAAACUUUACAUUCCGCACGGAUCAGCAGCUCGUUCAGCAGCAUGCCUUCGUCCAACAAGUGGUGGAUUUUGUGCGUCGUGUCCUUCUACUGUCUCGCCCGUUUCGGGUCUUGCAGAAGAGAUAGAGCAAAUGGAGCACCACCUGAGCUCUUCAUCUUCAACGAGUUAUGCGCCCUGAAGGAUGAUCCGGGGCCAUGCAAGGCCAUAAAGGACAGAUUCUUCUUCAAUGUCGACACCGGACGCUGCGACCGGUUUGAAUACGGAGGCUGUGGGGGAAACGCCAACAACUUCGAGACCUUGGAAUCAUGUGAGGAAAUGUGCGUCGUCUCCGAUGACAAGAACCCCUGCCACCUAGCAGAAGCUCCAGGUCCCUGUCGAGGGCUUGUGAAGCGCUACCUCUUCGACAGCAAGACUCAGCAGUGCAGGCAUUUCUUUUAUGGCGGCUGCUUUGGCAAUGCCAACAACUUCAGGACCAUGGCUGAGUGCCAGGCCAAAUGUCUGAACCCAGCGAAACCAACGACUGAACCAGAGGUCCAGACACAAUCUGCUAGAAAAGCUGGUGGUGUGCAGCCAACCAUUGUAACUGGGGAACUGACUGUAGGUGAACCUCUUGUGCAGCUGAAUGACAGUAAUCAAGAGACCAGAGAUGACCUCAGUCCUUCAGAGCAGUGCUUCAGUCCUGUGGCUAGAGGAACAUGUCACGGUGUAGAGAAGAGGUUUGCAUACAACUCAGAAAUCAAGAGAUGCCAGGUGUUUGUCUACAGCGGCUGCGGAGGAAACAGGAACAACUUCACAUCCCGGAAAGACUGCAUUCACAAGUGUAUUAAAAGCAGAAGGGGUCAUGGGAGGAGGAUGAUCCGAAUAAGGAAGAAAAACCUAGACAGCAUUGUUAACCGCUCGGUCUGAACACCUGGCUGUGUGUGGGAACCUGCAGCGCUGUGCAGUCAUCUAUAUUUAUGACAAAAUUUAUUUUUAGCUUUAUUCAUUUCUUUUGUUUUUCACUGUAUAUCAAGACAAGUCUACCACAAGCUGUGUCAUUGUUUUUCACAGGGAUGUAAUGUUAAACUCAAAAAGAAUUUGUUUCAAAAAUAAUCAUAAUAAUGAAGACCAACUUGAAAUUGGAUACCAGGGAGCAUACAGGGUCUGUACUCAGUAGCACUCAUGAGCUUGACCACAACCAUCAUCAAACUCUGCCUUCAUUUUGAUCUCAUCUACACACCUCUGAAGUUUUGUGACUGUAUCUUGCACAGUUGUGAGGCUACCGUAUUGACAGAUUUGAAUGACAAGGUGUGUCCAAACUUUUGACCGGUAGUGUAAAGCCCUGGCAGUUUACUCCAGACUUCCUUUGUGAUUGCUCCUUCUACAGCAGGUGUCAACAGGACCACUUUUUGUCAUAAUGACACAUACAAACAGACUCACAACAAGAAAUCAAUACGUGUUAGUAUUGUGGCUUGUAAAAAUAUUACAAGGACAGAACACACCCUGCUGAGCCUGAGCUGCACUGUGCAUCACCUGCCAUCUCACAAGCAGUUCAGGGAGUUUGCUGUCUCUCUGUCCUCUAUAAUCUUGCUGUCAAUCAGAGCAUAAUUCACUCUCUGUACAGCUGUGUGUUUGUCAUGUCCCAGCUACGAUGUUCAAUUUCUCAGUAAGUAUUCCCAUUUUGUUGUACUACAAUAAUGGUUAGACAUUUUGCUAGGUCACCUGUCUGUGUGUGUAUUUGUGCUACUCAGACGGCAGGAUACUAACAAAAAUAAAUAUUAGACAGCCAAUUGACCUUAUAAAUAGUGUCUACGUCCAUUGUUUUAGGUAAGCAACAGUCAGAGCAACAUAGAGACACACACAGACAAAUUGAGUCAUGAGGUGCACGACAGACUGAAACAAUGCUGGCUUUGUGGAACAUUAUCAUCCUUAUAAGUGGGACUCUAAGUUUAAUAUAUACAGUGCCAAUUUAAAAAUUCAAAAUAAGUCAUUUCUGGAUGCAGUAAACCUUUCAGUGCUGGAUUAUACAGGGUGUGCCUAAAGUCUGGACACAUAGAAAAUCUACUAACUAUAUUUUGUUUUGGCUCCACAGAUUAAAUAUGGCUAUUGCAUUAAUAUAUGUUUGAUUAAGUAUCAUAUAUAUAUUAAAAUCAAUACAUUAAAUAAUAAUACAUUGAAUAAAAUGUUGUAAAAAAUUAAAUUAAUUUAAAUAUGUCUUAAGGGGAGAGGAAAAACAGCAGAGUACAAACAGACAAUCAAGACAUGAGAAAACUAUAAACACUUGAGACAUUGGUGACGCUGGCAACCAUAAAUCAGAAACUUGUCAGCUCUAGAGCCACAGAUACCUGCCGAGAGACAAAACACAAACAAGAGGGAGUAGACACAAAGUUAAUAACAUGGAAGUGUAGCAUAUAAAUGCAGUGAGAGUGAAGAAGAGGACAGGAGAGGGGCUCAGUGCAUCAUGGGAAGUCAAACUGCAGUCUAAGCCAGCAUAACCAAAGGAUGGUUUAGGGUCACCUGAGCAUCCCUAAGGAUAAUCUUUACCAAAGAGGAAAGUCUUAAAUCUAAUCCUGAGAGGACAGAAUGGAGAGGUGGAAGAGCUCUGUUGGGGUAAUGUGCGACUGUGAGGUCUUUAAGACAAACCUCGGUCAUUCAGAGCUUUGUGAGGCUAAGAUUUAAAUUAUUCAAUUCUGCACACUUUUACAGGCAGUCCUGAAUUCAGAAGACUCCGGGCCUUUGUUCUGCCAUUGCAUCUACGCUUUCAUAGUGGAGAAGUGCCUGUGGAAAUGUAGGGUGCUUAUUAAGAGUAGCCGUUUAUCCAAUAUGUUUGUCAUAAUUGUUAUAGUUGAAUGCAGUGGAAGCACUUAAAGUAGUGCUUGUUGCUUCAGGUAAAACAUGCAUGACUAGUUACAGGACUUACAGAGAAGAUAGAAGCAUCCUCUGUAUAGAUAUGAAAUGAAAAUACUAAAAUGUUGAACUGAGGAUGAGGAACAAUGGACAAUGUUUUAUUGUCUGUGUCAUUAUACACCGGACAGCAUCUGAUGAGCCCAGAACAGCAGAAUAUAAAGACAAACUGUGAUUAAAAACACAUGGGCUGUGGCACACUUGGCUUGAAAUAACAGUAUUUAUGUAUAAAUCAUUGCUAUUCUGUCUGAACGAGCUUUUAUUGACUGAAUCAUCAUUGCUUCAAUAUCUCACUGACAAAAAAUGUAUUUGUUUUGCUGAUGUCUAACGUAGCAGCUGUCUGCACAGAUGCUUUGCAUAUUGUUUAUUUUGUACACACAUAUUGGACGUCUUUUUAAUUUUACAGUCUCAGGACACUGUUACAAUCAUCCUUCCUUCAUAUUUCUCACUGUAACCUCUCAAGGAAAUGCCAAAGUUUCGGAAUCAUUUUUUGUUCAGUUACAAAAUGAGUGCUUGUACCUCAUAUUUACUGUAACGGAUGCUUUUCUACAAUGGUUUUGGUAUAGCUUCACUUAAGAAAUUAAACUACUGCACAGGCCUUGCUGUACCAUUGAGAACAAUAUGUAGAAUAUUCUCAUGUAAACCUUUUGAUUAAGAGAACCAUAAUCUCACAGCUGUAAAUCAAUGUGAAGAGGGCGAAACCUGGUUUAAAGUAUCAUCAAUCAAUCUUGCAGUCCUGUUAGUGUUGUUAGUAAAGAAAAACACAGGGGAGCAGUGUUGUAUAAAGAUAGGAGGUUGUGAGCAGCGAUCCAUCUUGGCUGCACAUCAUUCGCUUUACUAUCUGGUUUUAUAACCAUGGCUGUAAUGGACUGGACUGUACGAGUUUAUGUAAUAAAUUUUUACAAUCUUC